AUGUCUGUCGCUCGUUUCGCCUCGGCCCUUUUGGCCUCUUCUGUCAUGGGCUUGGCUUCGGCUGAUGUCCUCGACUUGCCUAUUUUCGUCAAGGGCGGCUAUAAAAUGGUUGAGUUUGGUGUUGGAACACCCGCACAAACUGCCCGUCUUCUCUUCGACACUGGCAGUGCUUCUGCAUGGAUGGUCGACGCUGAGUGCGCCGACACCUGCACCCAUAUCAACAAGGGUCACCGAUUCGGAUACAACCUCACCGCGUCUUCCACCGGCAAGAAGACUGGCCACGACGCCAACAUCGAGUACCUCGGCGGCACAAUCAUCGGUCCUACUGUCGAGGACAAGUUCGAAGCCGGCGGCUUGAAGUGGGAUUCCAAGUUCAUCGCUGCUAACGAGAGCACCUGGUCAGCCCUUGCUGCUGAUGGCUUCAUGGGUCUCGGUUUCGGUAGCAUCCAGGAUGGCGAUGCCACACCUAUUUUCGAGUCUCUGAUGGAGGAGAAGCUCAUGGACAAGCCUCGUUUCGCUAUUUACUACGCAGCGGGCGAAGAUGACAGCAGCGGCGACAAGGCCGGCAAGGGCGUCUUGACCCUCGGAGGAUCUCGCGAGGACAAGUACGUUGAUGGUGAUUUGAUCACUGUCUCGUUGAUUUCCAACAACGGCGACUACGACCUCUGGCGGACCAUCAUCCACAGCACCACUGGAACGCAAAACGACAAGAAGUGCAAGACCGGCAAGGCCGAGAAGCAGACCGAGAUGGGCGGCAUGGACAUCGUCUUCGACACGGGCGCUUCCGCCAUCACAUUCCCCAAGUCCAUGAUCGACUCCAUCUACGAGUCCAUCGGCAUGAACUACACUGCCAUUCUCAAGGGAGAUCACAUCCCUCUCUGCAGUGAGUUCACCAAGGAUUGGUCUCUUACUUUCGAGAUUGGCUUCUUCGGCAGUGAGAAGAACGUCACCAUCCGAGGUGAUCAGCUCAAGCGCACUGGCUUUGCCAACCGCGACGAUGCCUGCUGGCCUCCUGUCCAAGAUGGUCCUGAGGGCUAUGCUCUUAUCGGCACCAUGUUCUUGCGAAACUUUUACACCGUCUGGGAUUACAGCAUGUUCCCUGGCACCGGUGGAUUCAUGGAUCCUAAGCUGUCUUUUGGUUACCUCAAGGAGGGCUUCUAA